CGUGUUUCGAUUCAAUAGAUUUGUGCUGUUAAUUGUUUGGCCAGAAACGAAAGUUUUUUUUGCUCAUCUCACAAAUAAAAAAGGAGGAAAAUUAUUGUCACAAAAAGUGUAGGAGUGAGAAGGAGAGAGUUAAAGGAUUAAAAAUGACUGAAUCACAAUUGCCAGCGGCCGCUGCCGCCCAAAAGUUCGGUACACUCAUCCCGAAUCGUAUUUUCGUUGGCGGAAUAAGCGCCGAAACCACCGAGAGUGAACUUUGUAGAGUUUUCUCAGCUUAUGGCAACGUAAAGUCAACGAAAAUUAUUGUAGACCGAGCGGGUGUAUCAAAGGGCUACGGUUUUGUCACGUUCGACACACCAGCGGUAAUAGACUCGUUAAUGGGACGUUGCGUCAUCCUACGCGACCGCAAGCUUAAUAUCGCUCCAGCAAUUAAAAAGCAAACAUUCUGCGCUCCAAACGAGACUAUUUACUAUGCUGCUGCCGCACAUCCCGGACUCAUCAAUAAUAUUCCAAUUGAACAAUUUCCUCCAGCACUUUAUUCGCCAGGCGUUCCAUCUGCAGCUCUUUAUCCGCCAGCAAUGUCAUAUCCAUUCUACCAACCCGUCAUUCAACCUAUGAAUGUACCAGCAAUUUGGCCACCGAAUUAUCAAGCUUAUCACACCGGACACAAGUUCAUUUAAGCUGUGAGUGAGCUUUUAUUUUCUUCUGGAGAAUUUUUCCUUUUCUCAUUACUCAACAGUUUCGCCAACAACGACCAUUAAUUUAAUUCAUUCUCAU